AUGCCCGACGAGCAGCCGAAGGAAGGUAAGCGGCGCAACAAGCGUAGGAACAUCUGCAUCGCGGUGUUGGCAGUCGCCGUGAUCCUCUUCCUGGUGAUUUUGAUACUGGCCCUGACGGUUUUCAAGGCCAAGAGGCCGGUGAUCACGGUGAAGUCGAUGAAUCUGACGGACCUUGGCAUCUCGGUCGACAUGGCCCGGAUGAGAGCGUUGCUGAACAUGACGGUAGGUGCAGACAUCUCCGUGAGGAACCCGAAUGUGGCGGGAGUCAGGUACACGGACUCGUUCGCGCUCCUGGGCUACCGAGGAGAGACCGUUGGCGAUGCUCCAAUCCCUGCAGGCAGGAUCUCAGCCUACAGCACGGAGGCCAUGAACAUCGCGGUGGCGGUAAUGGCGGAUCGCCUCGUGUCAAACCCGCAGGUUUUCGCCGACGUCAUGGCGGGCGUGCUUCCCUUGACUGCUAACACGAAAAUAUCAGGCAAGGUUUCCCUCUUGAGCAUGUUCAAGAUUCACGUGACGUCCGCCGUUUCCUGCGACAUCAAUGUGUUCUUUUCCAAUAGAACCAUUGAUUACCAUCAAUGCACAUAUGAUACGAAGCUGUAA